UACCCACCACAUUUAACAACUUGCAGCGGAUCGAAACACGCUCAGGUUACCCACCACUUUAAAACGGAGGAGGUACUAGUCGUCGACUUAACAGGACGUCUCCGUCGCUCGACGAUUACGGCGACGCCCUCCAUGGAUCUUAAGAUGGACUUCAAGCACCUGCAAUCACCUUCGUUCGACCUGAGAGAAGCUGACGGCCUACCGCUACAAACCGUUUCUACUAUUCGUGACGCCGAGACAUCAGUCCUGGAGACUGGCGCUGGACAGCCUCUCUACAACGCUGAAAUCUACGGUGGUCUACGCAAAGGCGGUGCUGUCAAGUUCUUCUCGAGAUACUGUGUCGGCCUGGUCGCCGCCACGUUCUCGUCCACAUUCGCAGUCGAAUGUCUUAACAGCGCCGUCCAACCUAUGCUGAAACAACACUUCGGCUUGUCUCCAGUACAACUCGCAGCCUCUCAGCGCUUGACGUCGAUGCCUUUAAUUUUGAGCUUCUUGUUUGGCCUGCUGUCGGACUGCUACCCGAUCAUGGGGCUUCGUCGUAAAGCGUACACGCUGUUCGGCUUGGUGUUGUCGGUCACGAGUAUCUGGUUUCUGGCUGCAUUGAAUGCGUACGCCGAGUCAUUCGCGUCCGGGACUGCUGGUACGGGGCUGGCUGUUCUCGUCAUCGCGUUCGCAGCGUUUGCCGGUAUGGGAAACAUUAUCAUGUAUGUUUGUAUUCACACACGUGUGAUCGAGCUUGCUCAGCGUGAGCCGUUAGGACUGCGUGGUUCGAUUGUAGCGACGUACUUGAUCUUCCGCUGCGUCGUAUACAUUAUCACCGAUGCAUGUGUGUACAUUGUACGGCUGUCCGCUACUGCUACAUCAUCUCACCAAACGACAGCAUUGAUCGUCUUCGGGUUCGUCAUCACGCUGCCGGUCCCUCUGAUCUGCAAGUUUUGGGGCGAGAAGCGCUACUCGCUGUCGACGACAGUGAAGACUCGGGGUCAGAUCUUGUGGAAAAUCAUGCAACAGAAGGCCGUGUGGAGCGUGCUGGCCUUCCAGUGUUUUUUCACGCUGUUUAACCAGAUUUCCUUCAGCGGGCCUGCUUUGAUCAUCACCGUUUGGGCUGGUGCUAGUGGAGACAACCCGUUCGUACAGCAAUUGAUGUACUAUGGAGCGACGAUCGUGACGGUGCUGGUGUGGCGCUACUACUUCAUGAAUCGACCGUGGCGCUCCUUCUACUCUGCCUGCCCACUCCUGCUCGUCGUACCUCAACUGAUCGUGUCGAUUCUCGUGAGCCAAGACAUCCUUCGAGACCGUCUAUUCUAUCGUCUAAUGACCCUGUUCAACAGUGCAUCCUUCGCAAUCGGCUGGAUCGGCAGUGUCGUUCCGCUAACGGAGAUUAUCCAGGAAGGCUCAGAAGGAGCGAUGGUCGGUCUCACGCUGUCGUUGUAUUUCUUGGUCGGUAUCUUCGUACAAACCAACUCGGUCGGACUGUUUGAAGGUAGCAACUUCUACGACGUCGCUAAAGUGGCGGUCGAUACCACUAGGGCGCGUGGAGAUGUUCUCAAGGCGCUGAUUCUUAACUACGGUAUCAACGCACUCUCGUUGUUUGGUCUCUUUUUCCUACCACGACAAAAGCUGGAUACACAGCAAUUGCGAAGUUACGGCGGAUACACCAAGUGUGCGAGCGCUGCUAUCGUGACGUUUGCUGUCAUUCUGUUCUUGUAUUCGUUCUCGAUUUCGAUUAUGACUUUCAUUCCGGGGACUGCGUGCACUCGUAUCAAUGGUGGCGCGGGCUGUUAAAAUCCAUCGUCUCUACUCUCUAAGUAGGGUCAUGCAUUCUGUAAAAUGUAAUUUAUUCGUUGAGUUAUAGUGUG